AUGGCUGGAAGACAACCAUAUGCCUAUCCUCCCGCUAGUUACGGGAACCAACCACAAACAUUCCCUAGUCAAGCGUACCCAACAAACCACAUUUCAAAUCCAAGGGACAUACAACAUCCACCUCACGCAUAUCCCAACAUAUCCCGCUCGCGCUCUCCGGAUCAUCAGGACCCAAGAGUUCCUCGUAGUCCCAUGCCACCUGCAUCGCCUCGUAGUCCAUUGACCCCUGCGUCGCCUCUCACACCAGUAUCUCCAUCACAGCCCAUGCUCAGCCCGGCUUCAGCGAGAGGCAAUUAUCACUACAAUCAACCACAAUACUCGCACGAAAACACCCAAAAUUACUACAGCCCGACGGGUACUAAUCAAUCACAAUCUGCCUAUUACUCUUCUGUCCAACAAAGUUCCACUACACCGACAACUCCCACUAGACAAUCCCCAGGAUUUCAACCAUCUAGUCGAGCAGCUAGUCCGCUCACGCCGACAACUCCCACUAGACAAUCCCCAGGAUUUCAACCAUCUAGUCGAGCAGCUAGUCCGCUCACGCCGACAACUCCCACUAGACAAUUCCCGGAACUUCAACCAUCUAGUCGAGCAGCUAGUCCGCUCACGCCGACAACUCCUACUAGACAAUCCCCAGGAUUUCAACCGUCUAGUCGAGCAGCUAGUCCGUAUAUGCCUCCACCAGUUCGGCAAGAUCCAUCUCGGCAGGAUUCUGUUCCAUCUCAAGCCGUCCAACAACCUUUCGUCGGAAACGUAUAUCCUCCCACUCCUGUUCGUCAAAACUCUAAUUCAUCGUUUCAAACAACGCAGUAUCCGGACACUGGAUCGCCCAUGCCAUCCAAUGAAAUUCAAAUACCUAAUUCAUUAAACGUACCCUCUCUAACUAAACAGCAACCACUCACCAGAUCAUCCGUGACAUCUAAUGAAAAGUCUGCUGAUGCGUCCGGCACGACACUUCAGCCUCCGCGUAAUCAGCCUCGCUUAUCUGUAGCAGUGUCUACUCUCAGUGAACGACCGUCGGCUAUCGAUAAGUAUAAAAUAUCCCCAAUGUCAACUCAGGCACUCUGGUUGAAUAAGCGGGAGUCAGACGAUGACAUACAUAAUCCAGCUACUCUCAAAAAGGGCGGCUGUGUGUGGUUCUCAAAGAGAGGUUGUCUUAAUGUUGGCGCAUUUGUUGGAAUAAUAUUAAUAAUCCUUGGAUUGUUUGCGGCGUAUCCGGUGUAUAGCGCAAUCAAAAACGGCGACUAUGCUAUGCCUGUUGCGAAUAAUGAUACUUUGUCGGCUAAUGGAACAACUGGUGGAACAGCUGGCGGAAACCCCCAACCUAAAAAUCAUCUAAUAACAAGGUCGUUAGCGGAAUUUGACUCGCCACGAGUGGAACCAGAUGGAGCCACGUAUAAUUUGGUAUUUGAAGAAGAGGUCGUUGAAGCUGAAGUGAGCGUUCAAGCGGAUAAAUAG